AUGGGUGAUGCAGGAGAGACUCCCUCGAUAUCGAGGAUUGCCAUCAUUGGAGGCGGGCCUGUUGGCGUCUCCUGCGCAAAAUAUCUGCUGGCAGAGAAAGUCUUCGACACAAUCGACAUCUACGAGCAACGUGAUGGAGUGGGUGGGAUCUGGAAUCUGUCCGAUCCGACUCGGUCGAGAAAGAUCCCCUUGCCACAACUCGAUCCGUUCUACGGCUCUAAAGGCGAUCACUCAGAAGACGAGACUCUGGAGUUUGAAUCGCCUCUCUACGACUACCUGGAGACAAACAUCCCCAAACAACUAAUGGCAUUCUCGGACAAGCCCUUUCCCGAGGAAGACCCCCUGUUUCCGGGCCACCCCGCGGUCCUUAGGUAUUUGAACGACUAUGCCGACGAAGUACGCCACUUGAUCCACUUCCACACGGCCGUCCGCGAUGUCACGUUGAAUACCGACAACAAGUCCAGCAGCCAAGAGAAAUGGUCUCUGCUGGCUGAGGAUCUGCGCACGAAGCAAACGAUAUCUCGAGAAUACGACGCCAUCAUCGUCGCGAACGGACACUACACCGUGCCGUACGUGCCGGACAUCAAAGGCCUGACGGACUGGAACGCCACUUAUCCCGACCGAAUUCUGCACUCGAAAGCAUACCGCAAACCAGAGGACUUUAGAAACAAGAAAGUGAUUGUGAUCGGCAACUCUGCGUCAGGACUAGACAUUGCCACACAAAUCGGAAAGUACUGCAAAAAGCCGGUCUUGUUGUCCGCCCGCUCAGUGUCGGCGUUUGGGACACUCCCGCCAGCAGAAUGGCGCGACGACGUCGACGAGCUGGUGGAGUUCCUGCCCAAGGAAUCUGGCGACCGAGCUCUCCGGUUCAAAAGCGGCCGAAUCGAGAAAGAUGUUGACGCGGUCGUUUUCGCCACGGGGUAUUUCUACUCGUAUCCCUUCCUGUCGGCGGUGUCUCCUGAGGUCGUCACCGACGGACUCCGCACGCGAGACGUAUACCAGCAUCUCUUUGACAUCGACCACCCGACUCUCGCGUUUCCCGUCAUCAAUCUCAAGGUCAUCCCGUUCCCGCUGUCGCAGAACCAAGCUGCAGUGGUUGCGCGGGUGUGGAGUGGUCGCAUGGACCUGCCUUCCUCUGCGGAAAUGCGACAGUGGGAGCGCGACACUGCUGAGCAGAAAGGGGAUGGGAGAUAUUUCCAUGUCAAAAAGUUUCCGGAGGAUGCAGCGCAGAUCAAUGAGCUUUACAGUUGGGCGGAACUGGCUAGGAAAAAGGAAGGCCUGGAGAACGAUGGGGUGGGGAAACGAGGGACAAGGUGGGAUGAGAGGCUGGUGUGGAUGAGGUCGAGAUUUCCGGACAUCAAGGCCGCUUUCCUGCGAAGGGGAGAGGAUAGAAUCAAGGUCAGGACGCCGGAGGAGUUGGGCUUUGAUUUUGAGGCGUGGAGGAGCAAGGCCGAGGAUAAGGACUUGGAGGUGUUUCGGCAGGCGAGGUGUUAUGACUGA